GCGACGGAGCAGGAUCGAACGAGUCGAAGUCAGCAUUGGGCGAGGAAAAAACAUUGCACAGCGCCAUUUUCCGCACCUUAAAAGACCUGAAAAGACGUAAUUUUACCCAUUCGGGCAACAAAGCAAACAUCUUGGGCGAACGGAUUUCAACAAAAACACCCGGCAUAUUCAGUGAUUGGAGUUCGUUUUCCAGUAUGGCCACGUCAUUUACCAGUUUUUCCUUCGAGCGGCUAUCGCAGCAGAUGGGUGCAAAAUUGGAUCCUCGAAUGCGCCAGCACCUGUCGAAGGUUUACGGGUGCUUGGCCGCAACCUGCGCUGCGGCGACAGUCGGAUCGUUCAUUCACCUAUCCGGCAUCUGGCAGGCGGGCAUCCUGAGCGGCCUCAUCUCUCUGGGGCUCGUACUCGGACUCAUCUUCACACCGGACAAUGGCAAGAACCUGACGCAACGGUUCGGCAUGCUAAUGGGUGUCGGAGUCUUUACCGGCCACUCGCUGGGACUAUUGCUGCAGCACGUUAUCUAUCUUAAUCCGGCCAUUGUCGUUACGGCACUCAUCGGAACGGCCACAAUCUUUUCCUGCUUGACGGCGGCCGCCUUCUUCGCUAAGCGCGGCAGCUACCUUUUCCUUGGCGGAAUGCUGAUGAGCGCCCUUAGCACGAUGGCCCUGAUGAGCCUAGGAAACCUGUUCUUCCGUUCCUACUUCGUGCAAGACAUUACCCUUUACCUCGGACUCUUCGUUAUGUCCGGAUUCGUGCUGUUCGACACGCAGAUGAUUAUGGAGAAGCAUCGCAUGGGAAGCAACGACUUUAUCGGCCACUCGCUGGACCUGUUCUACGACGUGAUCAACAUUUUCCGCCGUUUGCUGAUCAUCUUGGCUCAGAAAGAGGAAAACAAUGAUCGCAGAAAGCGAAGAAACUAAACAUCGUUCGGCACCGGUUGAUCUACUUUCUUUCCAAACAUACAAUACCAGUUGAGUUAGUAGAAUCGAUAAAUGUUUACUUUCAGUUCGCAAAUCUAUGCCAAAUUUCCUGAUUGAUAACUGUUUAUUACGUUACUUUCAUCACGACUGAAUAAUACAAGAACGCGCUAGA